AAAACGGUUGGCCAGUAAUGAAAGACUUACUGGUCAUCCUAGCCUCCUCCUCCUUCCUCCACCCUCCAAACCACCACCGCCGCCGCCAGAACUCCACUCCCUUCCCCAAAUCCAAACCCUCCCCUCUCCCUCCCCCCAGCCCCACCAAAAAAAUCACCCCUCCUCCUAAUCCUAAUCCGAAACCACCCCCUCUCCUCUUCACCGUUCGAUGGGACCCCUCCUCCGCCUCCCUCCACGACAGCCGCAUCAAGUACCAUGCCGACCUCGCCUCCAAGCUCGCCGCGUCCGGGAGGUUCCAGGACUUCCUCCUGGUCGCGGAGAGCGUUGUAGCCUCAGGAAUCGAGCCCUCGGGGUUUCUAGGGUUGCUGAGCACGGAGCUCGUUUCGGCCGGGAUGGCACGGCUACUUGGCCAGGAGGGGAUGGUUUGGAGCCUCGUCGAGGUUUUGAGGGGUUCGGACAGGCUAGGGUUUGGUGCACUGAAGGUGCUUGAUGGAGUGAGUCCAGAGACUGUGACGAAGGAGGUUGCGCGAGAGUGUAGGAGGAUUUUGAAACACGGGGAUGUGGAGGAGGCGGUGGAAUUGAUGGAAACUCUUUCAGGCUUCUAUUUCCCGAUCAGAGAACUGGUGGAGCCAUCUGAGAUUGUAGGACUUUGCGUGAGAAAACGUGACCCAGAUUUAGCUAUAAGGUAUGCGUGUAUUCAUCCUCAUGGUCAUAUAGUUUUCUGUACCAUUAUUCAUGAGUUUGGGAAGAAAGGGGAUAUGAUGUCUGCAUUGACUGUAUUUGAAGCCUCCAAGCAGAAGUUGAGUGGUCCUAAUAUGUAUGCUUACCGCACAAUAAUUGAUGUUUGUGGUCUUUGUGGGGACUACCUCAAAUCUAGGUCCGUUUAUGAGGAGUUACUUGCUAAAAAGGUCACCCCAAACGUUUAUGUCUUCAACAGCCUCAUGAAUGUGAAUGCCUGUGACUUGAGCUACGCAAUGCAUGUUUACGAGCAUAUGCGAACUCUUGGUGUCACAGGUGAUAUGACAUCUUAUAAUAUCCUUCUGAAAUCAUGCUGUCUUGCUGCAAGAGUUGAUUUAGCCCAAGACAUUUAUCGCGAAGUCCAACAUUUGGAAUCAACAGGAGUUCUAAAAUUGGACGUCUUCACAUACAGCACAAUCAUAAAGGUCUUUGCAGAUGCAAAAUUAUGGCGAAUGGCAUUGAAAAUCAAAGGAGAUAUGCUAUCAUCGGGUUUCACUCCCAAUGUGGUUAUAUGGUCAUCACUAAUCAGUGCAUGUGCAAAUGCAGGCCUUGUAGAGCAGGCAAUUCAGUUAUUUAAUGACAUGCUUCUGGCUGGUUGUGUACCUAAUUCACAGUGUUGCAAUGCGCUUCUUUAUGCUUGUGUUGAGGGUCGCCAGUACGACAAGGCUUUUCGACUUUUCCGGUCCUGGAAAGAAAGUGGGUUUGAUGUCAAUGUAUGUAGUAAUGCUUGUGUGGAGCAUGCACGUGGAAAUUCCAGUCACACCAUGUCAAAUUCCACAUCCACUUCACAUAAUUUAAACAACUCUAGGAAAGCUCCCUUUACACCUACGACUGCAACAUAUAACAUCUUGAUGAAGGCUUGUGGUACAAAUUACCUCCGUGCAAAAGCUUUAAUCGACGAGAUGAAUGCAGUAGGCCUUUCUCCAAAUUAUAUAAGCUGGACAACUCUAAUCAAUGUCUGUGGGGGCUCAAGGAGUGUUGAAGGUGCUGUGCAGAUUUUGAGUUCAAUGCGUGAGGCUGCUGGUCAACCUGAUGUCAUUGCAUAUACGACAGUCAUCAAGGUUUGUGUGAAAAGGAAAUUUCUAAACACAGCAUUCAUCUUGUUUGAAGAAAUGAAAAGAUAUCAAAUAAGACCGAAUUUGGUGACCUACAAAACGCUUUUAAGAGCUCGAAGCAGAUAUGGUUCCCUGCAAGAAGUCCAACAAUGCCUAGAAAUAUAUCAGGAUAUGCGCAAAGCAGGGUACAAGCCCAACGACUACUUUCUUAAGCAACUCAUAGAAGAGUGGUGUGAAGGAGUAAUACAGAAUGACAAUCAGAUUGAGAGCAAGUUCACUUCUUUCAAGAAAGCCGACUUAGGGGGACCUUAUAGCUUGCUUCUUGAGAAGGUUGCAAUACACUUGGAAAAGAGAAAUACUGAAAGCGUGGUGAUUGAUCUGCAGGGUCUCACAAAGGUUGAAGCUCGAAUUGUCGUUCUUGCGGUUCUGCGUAUGAUCAAAGAAAACUAUGCCCAAGGAUGUUCACUAAAAGAUGACUUGUUCAUCAUCGUAGGAGUCAAAAAAGCUGAUACGAUGAAUGUCAAAGACGAAUCCAAAGUUGAAGAUGCUAUAAUCAAACUUCUGAGGAAUGAAUUCGGGCUUGAGGUAAUUUUGGGGGGACCUAAACAAGUCUUUUUGGGUGCCUCUUUCGAUUCAUGUGCAAAUGAGCAAAAAAUGGUAGGAAGUGAGAGGCUCCCAACAGAGCAGCAAAUUUCUCCCCGGAGACCUGCAGUUUUACAAAGGUUGAAGGUUACAAGGAAAUCGUUGCUUUAUUGGUUACACAAACGAGUAGCUAAUUAGAAGGUGAUGUUAUUUAAUUUUUAGCAACCCCAGAUCUCGGAUAUAAAAUGGUGGUUAGCUUUAUUGUUAUCUUCAGCCUUCCACCUGAAGCAGGAAUAAUGCAUCUGAUGCCAUGUAAAUUGUGUUGUAUGCUACCUUGUGUAGUUUGAACUCUUAUGAAAUGAAAAUGCUCUUCCCAUCUCCUCC